CACUAAAAAUAAUGCCUCAAAAUGAAGAAUGUUUAUCACAAAAUGAUGACUUGACGGCCGAAAAUUUAAAAAAUUCUGGAAAUGUACUUUUCAGUUUGGACAAGUUUUCUGAGUCUGUUGAUUGUUACAGUCAAGCAACUUUUUUGAAGAAUAGAGCGAUGGCCAGAUUUAAAUUGGAAGACUUUGAAGGAGCUGAAAGUGAUUGUGUUGAAUGUUAGGUUUUUUUUAAUUUUUAAUUUUAAAAGGUUUGCGAAAAGAAUUCUGGGGGGGUUAUUUGAGUUACACCUGGCUAUU